AUGAGAAAAGAAUACGAAAAUAAGAUUUCAGAUACAGGAGAAUGCUUUAGUUAUGUAAUGAUCCAUCCAGAUUCACUCUUUGGUUUAUCUGGUAAAAAGCUUACACUGAAAAAGAGUGAUCAAAUGGAAUUUGUGGAUGUUGCAAAAGAAUUAAAUAAGGAAUUGGAUCUAUCUCAUUAUUUUGAAAAUACUAUUACUGCACUUUGUGCCUGA